CCCGAGCGCGGCGCCAUGUCGGAGCCCGGCGGCGGCGGCGGCGAGGACGGCUCGGCCGGCCUGGAGGUGUCGGCCGUGCAGAACGUGGCCGACGUGUCGGUGCUGCAGAAGCACCUGCGCAAGCUGGUGCCGCUGCUGCUGGAGGACGGCGGCGAGGCGCCCGCGGCGCUGGAGGCGGCGCUGGAGGAGAAGAGCGCCCUGGAGCAGAUGCGCAAGUUCCUGUCGGACCCGCAGGUCCACACGGUGCUGGUGGAGCGCUCCACCCUCAAAGAGGAUGUUGGUGAUGAAGGAGAAGAAGAAAAAGAAUUCAUUUCCUAUAACAUCAACAUUGACAUUCAUUAUGGGGUUAAGUCCAACAGCUUGGCGUUCAUUAAGCGAACUCCUGUGAUUGACGCGGAUAAGCCAGUGUCUGCCCAGCUCCGCGUGCUCACGCUCAGCGAAGACUCGCCCUACGAAACUCUGCAUUCUUUCAUCAGCAAUGCCGUGGCUCCUUUUUUCAAGUCCUACAUCCGAGAGUCUGGCAAAGCAGACAGGGAUGGCGAUAAAAUGGCUCCCUCGGUCGAGAAGAAGAUCGCAGAGCUGGAGAUGGGGCUCCUGCACUUGCAGCAGAACAUCGAGAUCCCGGAGAUCAGCCUGCCCAUCCACCCGAUCAUCACCAACGUGGCCAAGCAGUGCUACGAGCGCGGCGAGAAGCCGAAGGUUACAGACUUCGGAGAUAAGGUUGAGGACCCGACGUUUCUCAAUCAGCUGCAGUCUGGAGUUAACCGCUGGAUCCGAGAAAUUCAGAAAGUGACCAAACUGGAUCGGGACCCUGCGUCGGGCACUGCUCUGCAGGAGAUCAGCUUUUGGCUGAACCUGGAGCGUGCGCUGUAUCGCAUCCAGGAGAAGCGCGAGAGCCCUGAGGUCCUCCUGACCCUGGAUAUCUUGAAACAUGGCAAGCGCUUCCACGCCACCGUCAGCUUUGACACCGACACAGGUCUGAAACAGGCUUUGGAGACUGUGAAUGACUACAAUCCUCUGAUGAAAGACUUCCCGCUGAACGAUUUGCUGUCUGCCACUGAGCUGGACAAGAUCAGGCAGGCACUUGUUGCGAUUUUCACCCACUUGAGAAAGAUCCGAAACACAAAAUACCCCAUUCAGAGGGCCCUGCGCUUGGUGGAGGCCAUUUCAAGAGACUUGAGUUCUCAGUUACUCAAAGUGUUGGGCACCAGGAAACUGAUGCACGUUGCGUACGAAGAAUUUGAGAAAGUAAUGGUGGCGUGCUUCGAAGUGUUCCAGACGUGGGAUGACGAGUACGAGAAGCUGCAGGUGUUGCUGAGAGACAUCGUGAAGAGAAAGAGGGAGGAGAAUCUGAAGAUGGUGUGGCGGAUCAACCCCGCGCACAGGAAGCUGCAGGCGCGCCUGGACCAGAUGCGCAAGUUCAGGCGGCAGCACGAGCAGCUGCGGGCGGUGAUCGUCAGGGUCCUGAGGCCACAGGUCACAGCCGUUGCGCAGCAGAACCAAGGAGAGGUUCCCGAGCCCCCGGAUAUGAAGGUGGCGGAGGUUCUCUUUGAUGCUGCUGAUGCCAAUGCCAUCGAGGAAGUGAACCUUGCUUACGAGAAUGUCAAAGAAGUGGACGGGCUUGAUGUGUCCAAAGAAGGCACGGAGGCGUGGGAGGCCGCCAUGAAGAGGUACGACGAGAGGAUCGACAGAGUGGAGACCCGGAUCACUGCCCGCCUCCGAGAUCAACUCGGCACAGCCAAGAAUGCCAACGAAAUGUUUAGGAUUUUCUCCCGGUUCAACGCGCUCUUUGUCAGGCCUCACAUCCGCGGGGCCAUCCGUGAAUACCAGACCCAGCUGAUCCAGCGGGUGAAAGACGACAUCGAGUCCCUGCAUGACAAGUUCAAGGUCCAGUACCCGCAGAGUCAGGCUUGCAAGAUGAGCCACGUCCGUGACCUGCCCCCCGUGUCCGGGUCUAUCAUCUGGGCCAAGCAGAUCGACAGACAGCUGACCGCCUACAUGAAACGCGUGGAGGACGUCCUGGGCAAGGGCUGGGAGAACCACGUGGAAGGGCAGAAGCUGAAGCAGGAUGGAGACAGCUUCCGCAUGAAGCUCAACACCCAGGAGAUCUUCGAGGACUGGGCCCGGAAGGUGCAGCAGCGCAACCUGGGCGUCUCGGGCCGCAUUUUCACCAUCGAGAGCACGCGUGUGCGCGGCCGCACGGGGAAUGUCCUGAAGCUGAAGGUCAACUUCCUCCCGGAGAUCAUCACGCUGUCCAAAGAAGUCCGGAACCUCAAGUGGCUCGGCUUCCGCGUCCCGCUGGCGAUCGUGAACAAGGCGCAUCAAGCGAACCAGCUGUACCCGUUUGCCAUCUCGCUGAUCGAGAGUGUUCGUACUUACGAGCGGACCUGCGAGAAGGUUGAGGAGCGAAACACCAUCUCACUCUUGGUAGCCGGCCUGAAGAAGGAAGUGCAGGCUUUGAUCGCAGAGGGCAUUGCCCUGCUGUGGGAGUCCUACAAACUGGACCCUUACGUGCAGCGCCUGGCCGAGACCGUCUUCAAUUUCCAGGAAAAGGUGGACGAUCUGCUGAUAAUUGAAGAAAAAAUAGACCUGGAAGUCCGGUCCCUGGAGACCUGCAUGUACGACCACAAGACUUUCUCAGAGAUCCUGAACAGAGUCCAGAAGGCCGUGGAUGACCUGAACCUGCACUCCUAUUCCAAUUUGCCCAUCUGGGUCAACAAGCUGGAUCUGGAGAUUGAAAGGAUACUGGGAGUCCGUCUGCAAGCUGGCCUGAGAGCGUGGACCCAGGUCCUUCUUGGACAAGCUGAAGACAAAGCUGAGGUUGACAUGGAUACGGAUGCUCCUCAGGUCAGCCACAAGCCUGGGGGAGAGCCAAAGAUCAAGAAUGUCGUUCAUGAACUGAGAAUAACCAAUCAGGUUAUCUAUUUGAAUCCACCCAUUGAAGAGUGCAGAUACAAACUCUAUCAGGAGAUGUUCGCCUGGAAGAUGAUUGUGCUGUCGCUCCCCAGGAUCCAGAGUCAGAGGUACCAGGUGGGCGUGCAUUACGAGUUGACCGAGGAGGAGAAGUUCUACCGGAACGCACUGACUCGGAUGCCCGACGGGCCUGCUGCCCUGGAAGAGUCCUAUUCUGCCGUCAUGGGCAUCGUCAGCGAAGUGGAGCAGUACGUGAAGGUCUGGCUCCAGUAUCAGUGUCUGUGGGACAUGCAAGCCGAAAACAUCUACAACAGACUUGGGGAAGAUCUCAACAAAUGGCAAGCACUCUUGGUCCAAAUAAGAAAGGCCAGAGGGACCUUUGACAACGCGGAGACCAAGAAAGAAUUCGGACCAGUGGUUAUAGACUACGGCAAGGUGCAGUCCAAAGUGAACUUGAAGUACGACUCUUGGCAUAAGGAGGUCCUCAGCAAGUUCGGGCAGAUGCUGGGAUCCAACAUGACCGAAUUCCACUCCCAGAUCUCGAAGUCCCGCCAAGAGCUGGAGCAGCACUCGGUGGACACGGCCAGCACCUCCGACGCCGUGACCUUCAUCACCUACGUGCAGUCUUUGAAGCGGAAGAUCAAGCAAUUUGAGAAACAGGUUGAGCUCUACCGCAACGGCCAGCGCCUGCUGGAAAAGCAGCGGUUCCAGUUCCCGCCCUCCUGGCUUUAUAUUGACAACAUCGAGGGCGAGUGGGGCGCCUUCAACGACAUCAUGCGGCGGAAGGACUCCGCCAUCCAGCAGCAGGUGGCAAACCUGCAGAUGAAGAUCGUCCAGGAAGAUCGGGCCGUGGAGAGCCGCACCACCGACCUGCUCUCCGACUGGGAGAAAACCAAGCCCGUCACGGGCAAUCUCCGCCCAGAGGAGGCGCUGCAGGCCCUGACCAUCUACGAGGGGAAGUUCGGGCGGCUGAAGGAUGACAGAGAGAAGUGCGCCAAGGCCAAGGAGGCACUGGAGCUCACAGACACAGGACUUCUCAGUGGCAGUGAAGAGCGCGUGCAGGUGGCCUUGGAAGAAUUGCAGGACCUGAAGGGCGUUUGGUCAGAGCUCUCCAAGGUCUGGGAGCAAAUCGAUCAGAUGAAGGAGCAGCCGUGGGUCUCAGUACAGCCUCGCAAGCUUCGACAGAACUUAGAUGCCCUCUUGAAUCAGCUGAAAAACUUCCCUGCCCGCCUGCGGCAGUACGCGUCCUAUGAGUUUGUGCAGCGGCUCCUGAAAGGCUACAUGAAGAUAAACAUGUUGGUGAUCGAGCUGAAAUCCGAGGCGCUUAAAGACCGCCAUUGGAAACAGCUGAUGAAGCGGCUGCACGUGAACUGGGUUGUUUCUGAGCUCACCCUUGGCCAAAUCUGGGACGUCGACCUGCAGAAAAACGAAGCCAUUGUCAAGGAUGUGCUGCUUGUGGCACAAGGGGAGAUGGCUUUGGAGGAAUUUUUGAAGCAGAUAAGAGAAGUGUGGAAUACCUACGAGCUGGACUUGGUUAACUAUCAGAACAAGUGCCGCUUGAUCCGCGGCUGGGACGACCUCUUCAACAAGGUCAAGGAGCACAUCAACAGCGUCUCCGCCAUGAAGCUGUCUCCGUAUUACAAGGUGUUCGAGGAGGACGCGCUGAGCUGGGAAGACAAGCUGAACCGCAUCAUGGCUCUCUUUGAUGUGUGGAUCGACGUGCAGAGGCGCUGGGUCUAUCUGGAAGGCAUCUUCACCGGCAGUGCCGACAUCAAGCACCUGCUGCCUGUGGAAACCCAGCGGUUCCAGAGCAUCAGCACAGAGUUUCUCGCUCUGAUGAAAAAAGUGUCGAAGUCUCCACUCGUUAUGGACGUUCUGAACAUCCAGGGGGUACAGAGGUCUCUGGAAAGGUUGGCAGACCUGCUUGGAAAGAUCCAGAAAGCACUGGGAGAGUACCUGGAAAGAGAGCGGUCAUCGUUCCCCAGGUUCUAUUUUGUGGGUGAUGAAGAUUUGCUUGAAAUUAUUGGAAACAGCAAGAAUGUAGCUAAAUUACAGAAACACUUCAAGAAAAUGUUUGCUGGCGUCUCAAGCAUCAUUCUAAACGAGGACAACUCGGCCGUCCUGGGCAUUUCAUCCCGGGAAGGAGAGGAGGUUAUGUUUAAAACCCCUGUGUCAAUCACCGAACACCCCAAAAUCAAUGAGUGGCUCACACUGGUGGAAAAGGAGAUGCGGGUCACCCUGGCAAAACUUCUGGCUGAGUCCGUUACGGAAGUGGAGAUCUUUGGUAAAGCAACUUCCAUUGACCCAAACACCUACAUCACUUGGAUUGACAAGUACCAGGCCCAGCUUGUGGUUCUGUCAGCCCAGAUAGCCUGGUCUGAGAACGUGGAGACGGCGCUGAGCAGCGUGGGCGGAGGUGGCGACGCGGCGCCCCUGCACUCGGUGUUGAGCAACGUAGAGGUCACCCUGAACGUGCUGGCCGACUCCGUCCUCAUGGAGCAGCCCCCGCUCCGCAGACGGAAGCUGGAACAUCUGAUCACAGAGCUGGUCCACCAGAGGGAUGUUACCAGAUCCUUGAUCAGAAGCAAGAUUGACAACGCCAAAUCUUUCGAGUGGCUCAGCCAGAUGCGCUUUUACUUUGACCCUAAGCAAACGGAUGUGCUGCAGCAGUUGUCGAUCCAAAUGGCAAAUGCCAAGUUUAACUACGGCUUUGAGUACCUGGGCGUUCAGGACAAGCUGGUCCAGACCCCCCUCACGGACCGGUGCUAUCUGACAAUGACACAGGCCUUGGAGGCCAGGCUGGGCGGCUCCCCGUUUGGGCCUGCUGGCACCGGGAAAACAGAGUCCGUGAAAGCGCUGGGCCACCAGCUGGGACGCUUCGUCUUGGUCUUCAACUGUGAUGAGACCUUUGACUUCCAGGCAAUGGGACGCAUCUUUGUGGGGCUUUGCCAGGUGGGUGCGUGGGGCUGCUUUGACGAGUUUAACCGCCUGGAGGAGCGGAUGCUCUCGGCCGUGUCCCAGCAGGUGCAGUGCAUACAGGAAGCCCUGCGCGAGCAUUCCAACCCCAACUAUGAUAAGACCUCUGCCCCCAUCACUUGUGAGCUGCUGAACAAACAAGUCAAGGUGAGCCCGGACAUGGCCAUCUUCAUCACCAUGAACCCGGGCUACGCAGGCAGGUCCAACCUGCCCGACAACCUGAAGAAGCUGUUCCGGAGCCUGGCCAUGACCAAGCCCGACCGGCAGCUCAUCGCCCAGGUCAUGCUCUACUCGCAGGGCUUCCGCACCGCCGAGGUUCUCGCCAACAAGAUCGUCCCGUUCUUCAAGCUGUGCGACGAGCAGCUCUCUUCCCAGAGCCACUACGACUUUGGGCUUCGGGCUCUGAAGAGUGUGCUGGUGAGUGCGGGCAACGUGAAGAGGGAGAGGAUCCAGAAGAUAAAGCGGGAGAAGGAGGAGCGCGGGGAAGCAGUGGAUGAAGGAGAGAUUGCGGAAAACCUCCCCGAACAAGAGAUUCUGAUCCAGAGCGUCUGUGAGACCAUGGUGCCCAAGCUGGUGGCAGAGGACAUCCCGCUGCUCUUCAGUCUGCUGUCGGAUGUGUUCCCCGGGGUCCAGUAUCACCGGGGUGAGAUGACCGCCCUUCGAGAGGAGCUGAAGAAAGUAUGUCAGGAGAUGUACCUGACGUACGGCGACGGAGAGGAAGUCGGCGGGAUGUGGGUGGAGAAGGUUCUGCAGCUCUACCAGAUCACCCAGAUCAACCACGGCCUGAUGAUGGUGGGGCCCUCGGGCAGUGGGAAGAGCAUGGCCUGGCGCGUGCUGCUCAAGGCCCUGGAGAGACUCGAGGGCGUGGAGGGCGUGGCCCACAUCAUCGACCCGAAGGCCAUCAGCAAGGACCACCUCUAUGGAACCCUGGACCCCAACACCAGGGAAUGGACAGACGGGCUCUUCACACACGUGCUAAGAAAGAUCAUAGACAACGUGCGAGGCGAGCUGCAGAAGCGCCAGUGGAUCGUCUUUGAUGGCGACGUGGACCCUGAGUGGGUGGAAAACCUGAACUCAGUGCUGGAUGAUAACAAGCUCCUCACUCUGCCCAACGGGGAGCGCCUCAGCCUGCCGCCCAACGUGCGAAUAAUGUUUGAAGUGCAGGACUUGAAGUACGCCACGCUGGCCACGGUGUCUCGCUGUGGCAUGGUGUGGUUCAGCGAGGACGUGCUGAGCACGGACAUGAUCUUCAACAACUUCCUGGCCAGACUGCGCAGCAUCCCCCUGGACGAGGGGGAGGACGAGGCGCAGCGGCGGCGCAAAGGCAAAGAGGACGAGGGCGAAGAGGCUGCUUCCCCCAUGCUGCAGAUCCAGAGGGAUGCAGCGGCGAUCAUGCAGCCAUACUUCACGUCCAGCGGGCUCGUCACCAAGGCGCUGGAGCACGCCUUCAAGCUCGAGCACAUCAUGGACCUGACGCGCCUGCGCUGUCUGGGCUCGCUCUUCUCCAUGCUGCACCAGGCCUGCCGCAACGUGGCGCAGUACAACGCCAACCACCCCGACUUCCCCAUGCAGCUGGAGCAGCUCGAGCGCUACAUCCAGCGCUACCUGGUGUACGCCAUCCUCUGGUCCCUGUCUGGAGACAGCCGGCUGAAGAUGAGAGCAGAGCUGGGGGAGUACAUCAGAAGGAUCACGACGGUGCCGCUGCCGACGGCGCCCAACAUACCCAUCAUCGAUUACGAGGUGUCCAUCAGCGGGGAGUGGUCCCCGUGGCAGGCCAAGGUGCCUCAGAUCGAAGUGGAGACGCACAAGGUGGCAGCCCCCGACGUCGUGGUGCCGACCCUGGACACGGUCCGCCAUGAGGCCCUCCUGUACACCUGGCUGGCUGAGCACAAGCCGCUGGUCUUGUGCGGCCCUCCUGGCUCUGGCAAGACCAUGACCCUGUUCAGUGCCCUCCGGGCCUUGCCCGACAUGGAGGUCGUGGGCCUUAACUUCUCCAGUGCGACCACUCCCGAGCUGCUCCUCAAGACUUUUGACCACUACUGCGAGUACAGGCGCACGCCCAAUGGCGUCGUCUUGGCUCCUGUUCAGCUGGGAAAGUGGCUCGUGCUGUUCUGUGAUGAGAUCAACUUGCCAGACAUGGACAAGUACGGGACACAGAGGGUCAUCUCCUUCAUCAGGCAGAUGGUGGAGCAUGGAGGCUUUUACCGCACCUCAGAUCAGACGUGGGUGAAGCUGGAGCGAAUCCAGUUCGUCGGGGCUUGUAACCCACCCACCGAUCCUGGAAGAAAGCCCCUCUCACACAGGUUCUUGCGUCACGUGCCCGUCGUGUACGUGGAUUACCCGGGCCCUGCCUCCCUCACGCAGAUCUACGGCACCUUCAACCGCGCCAUGCUCAGGCUCAUCCCGUCCCUGCGCACGUACGCCGAGCCGCUCACCACGGCCAUGGUGGAGUUCUACACCAUGUCCCAGGAGAGAUUCACCCAGGACACCCAGCCACACUACAUCUACUCACCCCGGGAAAUGACCAGGUGGGUGAGAGGGAUCUUUGAAGCGCUGAGACCUCUGGAGACGCUGCCCGUCGAAGGCCUCAUUCGCAUUUGGGCACAUGAAGCCCUGCGUCUCUUCCAAGAUAGACUGGUGGAGGACGAGGAGCGGCGCUGGACUGACGAGAACAUCGACAUGGUCGCGCUGAAGCACUUUCCUAACAUAGACAAGGAGAAGGCCAUGAGCCGGCCCAUCCUGUACAGCAACUGGCUGUCCAAGGAUUACAUCCCAGUAGACCAGGAAGAAUUAAGAGAUUAUGUCAAAGCUAGGCUGAAAGUCUUCUACGAGGAAGAGCUUGAUGUCCCUCUGGUCCUGUUUAAUGAAGUCCUAGACCACGUGCUCAGGAUUGACAGAAUAUUCCGUCAGCCACAAGGCCACUUGCUUCUGAUAGGUGUGAGUGGAGCGGGAAAGACGACGCUGUCCCGGUUCGUCGCCUGGAUGAAUGGCUUGAGUGUGUACCAGAUCAAGGUCCAUCGGAAGUACACAGGGGAAGACUUUGACGAAGAUCUUCGGACGGUGCUGCGACGCUCCGGCUGUAAAAAUGAGAAGAUAGCGUUUAUAAUGGACGAGUCCAACGUGUUAGAUUCUGGAUUCCUGGAGCGAAUGAAUACCCUUCUGGCCAACGGAGAGGUUCCCGGCCUCUUUGAAGGAGAUGAGUAUGCCACAUUGAUGACGCAGUGUAAGGAGGGAGCGCAGAAGGAGGGCCUCAUGCUGGACUCCCACGAGGAGCUCUACAAGUGGUUCACCAGCCAGGUCAUACGCAACCUGCACGUGGUGUUCACCAUGAACCCGUCCUCCGAGGGGCUCAAGGACCGGGCGGCCACCUCCCCUGCACUCUUUAACAGGUGUGUGUUGAACUGGUUCGGCGAUUGGUCCACUGAGGCAUUAUAUCAAGUCGGCAAAGAAUUCACCAGUAAAAUGGACCUGGAGAAGCCCAACUACAUUGUGCCGGAUUACAUGCCUGUUGUGUAUGAUAAGCUGCCGCAGCCCCCGUCCCACCGGGAAGCCAUUGUCAACAGCUGCGUGUUUGUCCAUCAGACUCUUCACCAGGCCAAUGCCCGGCUGGCCAAGCGAGGAGGCAGGACGAUGGCCAUCACGCCUCGCCACUACCUGGACUUCAUCAACCACUACGCCAACCUGUUCCACGAGAAGCGCAGCGAGCUGGAGGAGCAGCAGAUGCAUCUGAAUGUCGGGCUGCGGAAAAUCAAGGAGACGGUGGACCAGGUGGAAGAGCUGCGCCGCGACUUGAGAAUAAAGAGCCAGGAGCUGGAGGUGAAGAACGCGGCAGCCAACGACAAGCUGAAGAAGAUGGUGAAAGACCAGCAAGAGGCAGAAAAGAAAAAGGUCAUGAGCCAGGAGAUUCAGGAGCAGCUGCAUAAGCAGCAGGAGGUCAUCGCGGACAAACAAAUGAGUGUCAAAGAAGACCUGGAUAAGGUGGAGCCUGCCGUCAUCGAGGCCCAGAACGCUGUGAAGUCCAUCAAGAAGCAGCACCUGGUGGAGGUGCGCUCCAUGGCCAACCCCCCUGCUGCCGUGAAACUGGCACUUGAGUCCAUCUGCCUGCUGCUGGGGGAGAGCACCACGGACUGGAAGCAGAUCCGCUCCAUCAUCAUGCGCGAGAACUUCAUCCCCACCAUCGUCAACUUCUCGGCAGAGGAGAUCAGUGACGCCAUCAGGGAGAAGAUGAAGAAGAACUACAUGUCCAACCCAAGCUACAACUACGAGAUCGUGAAUCGGGCCUCCCUGGCUUGUGGCCCCAUGGUGAAGUGGGCAAUUGCACAGCUGAACUACGCAGACAUGUUAAAGAGAGUGGAGCCCCUGCGAAACGAGUUACAGAAGCUGGAAGAUGAUGCCAAGGACAACCAGCAGAAGGCCAACGAGGUGGAGCAGAUGAUCCGGGACCUGGAGGCCAGCAUCGCCCGCUACAAGGAGGAGUACGCCGUGCUCAUCUCGGAGGCGCAGGCCAUCAAGGCUGACCUGGCGGCUGUGGAGGCGAAGGUGAACCGGAGCACUGCGCUGCUGAAGAGUUUGUCUGCUGAACGCGAGCGAUGGGAAAAAACAAGUGAAACGUUCAAGAACCAGAUGUCCACCAUCGCCGGGGACUGUCUGCUGUCGGCCGCCUUCAUAGCUUACGCGGGCUACUUUGACCAGCAGAUGCGCCAGAACCUGUUCACCACCUGGUCCCAUCACCUGCAGCAAGCCAACAUCCAGUUCCGCACAGAUAUCGCCAGGACGGAGUACCUCUCCAACGCGGACGAGCGGCUCCGCUGGCAGGCCAGCUCCCUGCCCGCCGACGACCUGUGCACGGAAAACGCCAUCAUGCUGAAGCGCUUCAACAGGUACCCGCUCAUCAUCGACCCCUCCGGGCAAGCCACAGACUUCAUCAUGAAUGAGUACAAGGACCGCAAGAUCACGCGCACCAGCUUCCUGGACGACGCCUUCAGGAAGAACCUGGAGAGUGCCCUGCGGUUCGGCAACCCCCUGCUGGUGCAGGAUGUGGAAAGCUACGACCCGGUUUUGAAUCCAGUACUGAACCGUGAAGUCCGGCGAACGGGCGGCCGAGUGCUGAUUACGCUUGGUGACCAGGACAUAGACCUGUCUCCAUCAUUUGUCAUCUUCCUGUCCACCCGAGACCCGACUGUUGAGUUCCCGCCGGAUCUCUGCUCCCGCGUCACUUUUGUGAACUUCACGGUCACCCGGAGCAGCCUGCAGAGCCAGUGUCUGAACGAGGUGCUGAAGGCCGAACGGCCCGACGUGGACGAAAAGCGCUCGGAUCUUCUGAAACUGCAAGGGGAGUUCCAGCUGCGCCUGCGGCAGCUGGAGAAGUCUCUGCUGCAAGCCCUGAACGAGGUGAAGGGGCGCAUCCUGGACGACGACACCAUCAUCACGACCCUGGAGAACCUGAAGAGGGAGGCCGCCGAGGUGACCCGGAAGGUGGAGGAGACGGACGUCGUGAUGCAGGAGGUGGAGAGCGUGUCCCAGCAGUACCUGCCGCUGUCCACCGCCUGCAGCAGCAUCUACUUCACCAUGGAGUCCCUGAAGCAGAUCCACUUCCUGUACCAGUACUCCCUCCAGUUCUUCCUGGACAUCUACCACAACGUGCUGUACGAGAACCCCAACCUGAGGGGCCUCACCGACCACACGCAGCGCCUCUCCCUCAUAACCAAGGACCUCUUCCAGGUGGCAUUUAACCGCGUGGCCAGAGGCAUGCUGCACCAGGACCACAUCACCUUCGCCAUGCUGCUGGCGCGGAUCAAGCUGAAGGGCACGCUGGGGGAGCCCACCUAUGACGCUGAGUUCCAGCACUUCCUGAGAGGGAAGGAGAUCGUUCUGAGUGCCGGCUCCACCCCCAAGAUCCAGGGCCUGACUGUGGAGCAGGCGGAAGCGGUGGUGAGGCUGAGCUGUCUUCCUGCAUUUAAGGAUCUGAUCGCAAAGGUUCAGGCCGACGAGCAGUUUGGCAUCUGGCUGGACAGCAGCUCCCCGGAGCAGACAGUGCCCUACCUGUGGAGCGAGGACACGCCGGCGACUCCCAUAGGGCAAGCCAUCCACCGCCUGCUCUUGAUCCAGGCUUUCCGGCCCGACCGCCUGCUGGCCAUGGCCCACAUGUUUGUCUCCACCAACCUCGGGGAGUCCUUCAUGUCCAUCAUGGAGCAGCCACUCGACCUGACACACAUUGUGGGCACAGAGGUGAAGCCAAACACGCCAGUGCUCAUGUGCUCCGUGCCUGGAUACGACGCCAGCGGGCACGUCGAGGACCUGGCUGCCGAGCAGAACACGCAGAUCACCUCCAUCGCCAUCGGCUCGGCGGAAGGCUUUAACCAAGCGGACAAAGCGAUCAACACGGCUGUGAAGUCAGGCAGGUGGGUGAUGCUGAAGAACGUGCACCUGGCGCCCGGCUGGCUGAUGCAGCUGGAAAAGAAGCUGCACUCCCUGCAGCCGCACUCCUGCUUCAGGCUCUUCCUCACCAUGGAGAUCAACCCCAAGGUGCCCGUGAACCUGCUGCGCGCUGGCCGCAUCUUCGUGUUCGAGCCGCCCCCGGGGGUGAAGGCCAACAUGCUGCGGACCUUCAGCAGCAUCCCCGUCUCACGGAUGUGCAAGUCUCCCAACGAGCGUGCCCGCCUGUACUUCCUGCUGGCCUGGUUCCACGCCGUCAUCCAGGAGCGCCUGCGCUACGCACCGCUGGGCUGGUCAAAGAAAUACGAGUUCGGAGAGUCUGACCUGCGGUCAGCCUGCGACACUGUGGACACAUGGCUGGACGACACGGCCAAGGGCCGGCAGAACAUCUCACCAGACAAGAUCCCGUGGUCGGCGCUCAAGACCCUGAUGGCCCAGUCCAUCUACGGCGGGAGGGUGGACAACGAGUUUGACCAGCGCCUGCUCAACACCUUCCUGGAGCGCCUGUUCACGACCAAGAGUUUCGACAGCGAGUUCAAGCUGGCGUGCAAGGUCGACGGGCACAAGGACAUCCAGAUGCCAGACGGCAUCAGGCGCGAGGAGUUUGUACAGUGGGUGGAGCUGCUGCCUGACACCCAGACGCCCUCCUGGCUGGGCCUGCCCAACAACGCCGAGAGAGUCCUCCUCACCACCCAGGGCGUGGACAUGAUCAGCAAGAUGCUGAAGAUGCAGAUGCUGGAGGACGAGGACGACCUGGCCUACGCCGAGGCCGAGAAGAAAGCCAGGACGGACUCCACGUCCGACGGGCGCCCCGCCUGGAUGCGCACGCUGCACACCACCGCCUCCAACUGGCUCCAGCUCAUCCCCCAGACGCUGAGCCACCUCAAGCGCACCGUGGAGAACAUCAAGGACCCCUUGUUCCGCUUCUUCGAGAGGGAAGUGAAGAUGGGCGCCAAGCUGCUGCAGGACGUGCGCCAGGAUCUGGCUGACGUCGUCCAGGUGUGCGAGGGGAAGAAGAAGCAGACCAACUACCUGCGCACGCUCAUCAACGAGCUGGUCAAAGGCAUCUUGCCUCGGAGCUGGUCCCACUACACCGUGCCGGCCGGCAUGACCGUCAUCCAGUGGGUGUCGGACUUCAGCGAGAGAAUCAAACAGCUGCAGAGCAUCUCACAGGCGGCCGCGACGGGCGGCGCAAAGGAGCUGAAGAACAUCCACGUGUGCCUGGGCGGCCUGUUUGUGCCCGAGGCCUACAUCACGGCCACCAGGCAGUACGUGGCCCAGGCCAACAGCUGGUCGCUGGAGGAGCUGUGUCUGGAAGUCAACGUCACCACCUCGCAGAGCGCCUCGCUCGACGCCUGCAGCUUUGGGGUCACAGGGCUGAAGCUACAGGGAGCCACGUGUAGCAACAGCAAACUGUCGCUGUCCCAGGCCAUCUCCACCACCCUGCCCCUGACGCAGCUGCGCUGGGCCAAGCAGACCAGCGCCGAGAAGAGGGCGAGCGUGGUGACCCUGCCCGUCUACCUGAACUUCACCCGCGCCGACCUGAUCUUCACCGUGGACUUCGAAAUCGCCACAAAGGAGGAUCCCCGCAGCUUCUACGAGCGCGGGGUCGCCGUCCUGUGCACAGAGUGAGGCAGGCCCCCCGCCCUCCGCCAACAGCACACGCAAUACUGAGCCCAGUCCAGCACUCUGGGCCAUGCGGCCGGGCGGAGGGGGACUCGAGGGAGCCCGGCGAUGGCGUGGUGCAGGGCGCGGGGCUGAGAGUCCGAGGUUCGCAGCAUGGCUGCUUCCACGAAAUAAAACACUACGCACGGCCUGGCUCCGCCUCCUCUGUCAGC